AUGGUUUUGGUGAAAAAUACGAGUAUGGAGAACUAUAAAAUGGCACUGGAUACUGUAGAGUGUUAUUCGAAAAUUCAGAAUUAUCAAUUCAUUUUGGCGUAUGAUGAUGAUUUUGUGUGUGAACAGAAGGAUGUGGGUUUUUUUAAAAAUAGAGUUAAAAAGUUAAUUUGCAGACCACGGUGGUCUGCUUUUUAACUCAAAACACCAUGCAAAGUUAAUUUGCAGACCACCGUGGUCUGCUUUUUAACUCAAAACACUGUGCAAAAUUAAUUUGCAGACCACGGUGGUCUGUUUUUUAACUCAAAACACCUUUGAAAAAAUAAAAAGCAGACCAUCGUGGUCUGCAAAUUAACACGGCAUUUCAGAAAUUCUUCCGUCGUCACUGCGUCGUCGCCCAUCUUCUUCCCUCAUUUGACGCAAUUCUAUUUCUGGAUGCUGAUAUUGGAGUGGUGAAUCCAAGAAAGUAAGGCUUCUUGAGGCCCUUAAGGCUUCCCUAAAAUCCAAUUUUUCAGAAGAAUCGAAGAAUUCAUGGACGAAAAAAUCGAUCUAAUGUUCUACGAUCGAUAUUAUAAUUGGGAAAUUGCGAUGGGUUCGUAUAUCGUGCGAAAUACCGUGUAUGCCCGGGAUUUUUUGAGGGAUUUUGCCAAUUUUUAUUUCAAAUUGCCUCAUGCUUUUCAUGGAACUGAUAAUGGAGCAAUUCAUGUGAGCCAAAAAUAAACUUUUGAAAAAAAUUUUUCAAAAAAUUUUUUCUCCAGAUUUUCCUCGCCAAACAUAUUUUCUCACCAAAUGACAUAGCUGUUCUAAACUGCGAAAAAAUGUAUAAUAAUUCGAAUAAUUUCAAAGAUUUAUUUGUUUACGAAGCUUGUGUUCGAACACUUUUAGGAGCCUCGACUGAUUUCGGAAAAAUUCGAAUUGUGAAAAAAGGAACUGGUUGGGUGAGGGAUGAUUGGAUUGAUAGUGGAAUGUGGAAUCCGGAAAUUGAUUUUAUGUUGCAUGGUUGGAAAACUAAAUCGAUGAGGACUUUUCAAGGAAAUGUUUUGUAAGUUUUGAAGAUUGGGAGGAGAUUUGAGGAAAAUCUAUGUGCUUUUUUGAAUUUCUCGGCGAUAAUUGACCUAGAAUCGCUUUUACGCAGCAAAACACCGUGCAAGGUUAAUUUGCACGGUGUUUCAAGCCUAACUUCAAGCCCUCCAAUUUUCAGGCCGAAACAAAUGAACAAAGCAAUUUGGUAUAAUCCACUUGCUGGUCCAAUUGAUCUCAAAAAAUGUUCGCCUUCAAAUUCCACGUGGGAAUAUGAUCCAAGGCUAAUCGGAGAUCGUUUCGAAAUUCUGGAAAAUCAUCGAGAUUUGUGGGAGACUGUGGCUGUGAAGGAAAUGGAAGCAAUGUCGAAAAUGGCGGCACUUUUGAAAUGGAAACCUGGCAAGAAGAAGGCAAAGGCCUAG